CGAAGCGGAGUUGCGAAGAAUUCAGUGGACUGUGAAAAGAAAUUCUACAUUGGGAGAGAUUGUUGGAGAACGCUUCGCGAAAUGAAUCGAUUCAACAAGUGCUCAGAGGCGUCAUUGUCCAGCGAGAGGCGAAUUUCCUGGCGUCCGCUGUGGAGAUGUACGCGAUAACAUUGAAGGGAGGAGAACACACGCGGUCUUUUCAUCGAUGCUGCGUGAAAUAUGCAUGAUUUGUGUGAUCGACCGAAUAGAUCAGCGAUCGCGGUUAUAGCACCGCGGCUCAUCUUGACCUUAGCCGAUGAACGUGCCUCUUUUUCCGCGACCGCCAGCCGUCAGGGGUGUUGAGACACCCCUCAGUGACGCGCCGGACGUCGCAACGUUAUCACGCAGCCCGACGUCCCUUCUGACCGUGCCGCGCGUACGCGGGCGACAUGCCGUGCCCCUGCGAUCGUUCGGCACCGGAAACCAACGACGUCGCACCAGCAGGAACUUGGUCCAUCCGUGGGUCAAGGACGCGACCGUCAAAGAUGCUGCUCGCCGUCACGUCACAGAGUUUCGCGUGAGGAUGACGGAGCACUGUGCGAGGAACGACGAGGGAGACGACAACGACGAUGUCGUUUGCGGCGUCGAUAUUACGGACACGCCGACGACGAUAUCAACUGAGAUUUCACCUCACUUGAAGAACGGCGUAAUACGGACGAAAUGGACAAAGUCCGUGGCUAUUCAAACUAUAGAAGGAUUGCCAUUGCGAUUGAGAGCCUUGCCGUCUCUUAGAGACAUCGAGGAAGAUAACGGGAACUCCUUGUUUCCGCAGAAGUCCUCGAGAUUUUGGAAGCAUUUAAGAUUUCUGGGACGACUGUCGCUUUCGCAAUUCGGACUCUUGUGGUUGCUCGUUAUCUGGACGGUGGCUGGCGCGGCGGCUUUCUCCGCCACGGAAGGGCCUCGCGAACGCGAACAAGUUGUAUCUCUGAAGAACCUGCAGAAGGAUCUGGCCGUCGGUUUGGCGACGGAACUACGGCAAUUGCGCGCGGAGCAGGAUCAGGAUGUAGAGCCGCUGUGGAGCGACAAGGUUCGCCAGUACGUGGGCAAACACGAGGAACUCCUCCUGGUCGCCGUCAGUUCCGGUUACGGCGAAGGCGGCAACAGCGGACAGCUGUGGACGUUUCCCGGCUGCGUGCUGUUCGCCAUUUCGUUAAUCACCACUUUAGGUUUCGGAGCACCGGUUCCACGAACCACCGCCGGUCGCACGGUAGGAUUGAUUUUCGCCGCUAUCGGCAUUCCCGCGCAUUUCCUUCUCGUGCUGAAUUUCGGCCUGAUGGUGGCUCUCCGUUUGAAAAGAUACGCGAUUGCCAGGCAAGGCGUGCAACUCGACAACGCGGAGUCCAGCUAUUCCACGCAGAUGCCGAGAUGGGUUAAAGUUCUGCUGUUUGUUUGCUCAGUCGCUUACUACAUUUUGGGAAUACUAUGCUUCGGCAUAGCGCGAUCGAGGCCAAUCGAGGCAAGCGUGCUAUUUCCAUUGGACUUUACCGCGGCGGGCGGUCUCUCCACUAUCGUCGGUCACGUGCGGAUAUUGUACGGUCUGUAUUUGGAAGGUGCUGUUACCAUUGCGGCGAUAGUAGUAGCACUGCUACGAGUAUCAGCGACGCAGAGUCUCACAAACAUCGGACUGAAAUACGGCUUGCUGAUCGAACUUCUAAGACAAACUGUGAUUUUUCAAUCAAUCCAUUCUUAUUUUGCUACACACUUAAAUGUGAAAUACUCUACGUAUUUAAUAUUUAUUCAAUAUAAAAAAAAUUAUUGUCUCACGAUGGAAUUCACGUGGACAUGGCACACCGCAAUAUCAUUACGUGAGUCUAUAAGGAAACUGAAUUUGAGGAAUAAAAAAAUGGAUAAACAUACCCAAUGGGAUAAUGGGCCAAUCUUUAAAAAAGGCGAGGAACAAUAUUGCGUUCUAAGUAUCUCUGGAACUCAAUGUGACUCAGACAGUAACGUUGCAGUGCUGGAUAAAACUUCCAACUGUAUAAUAUUUUUUGUACUUAAUAAAUCCUUACGUCCUGUAAAAAUACAAGACUGUAAACCAGAAAAUCAUGGGACAGAUGUUUUGGGAAUUAAGUUCAGUAAUUUUUCUAAAGAUAUAUAUUAUAUAGGCACUCAAGAAUCAAUUACUAUGUAUGAUCAGCGUAUGGCAUUUGAGAUUGUGGAAACAUUUGAAACUAGCAUGGAAGGAGGGAAAUUGAAAAGUAUAAAUUGCUUUGACAUCAACUGUAAUGGAAAGUAUAUAGCUGCUGGGACAGAACUUACAGGUGGAGAUGCAUUCAUCUUGUUUUGGGAUAUAAGAUAUAAAAAAAAGAAAGUUCACCACCCAAUGUUUUCCGAUCUUAAUUUUCUUGGUGGAUAUUGGGAAUCACAUACAGAUGAUAUCACUUCGUUGAUCUUUCAUCCUGUUAAGCCUGCUACUUUGGCAUCAGGCAGUACAGACGGUCUUAUAAAUAUAUAUGACCUUAGGCAAUCUUCAGAAGAUCAGGCUUUAACGUACUCGUUAAAUACUGAAUCAUCAGUGGCUCGGCUAGGUUGGUUAACCAACAGGUUCUUAUGGUGUUCAACGUAUGCAGAAACGCUGCAAUUCUGGAAUUGUGAAUGUGCCAAUCCAUUCGUGACACUCGAACGCAAAGAUUUAGCCAUAUUUUCGGAUGAAAAUCCUGACGAUUGCUAUGUAGUAAAAGUCCAUACGAGUGACCAUCCUUUGCGUUUUCAGAAGUUUGCGCUGACAGGCAGUAGCACAUCUAAAAGACAAUAUCUAAGAUGCUUGUUCUUUGAGACUGAUUCGAAAGAACCUGAUCCUUUAUUAGAAAAUAAGCAAGUAGUGCGAGACAGUUGGUUGCACGAAAAGAGUGAGACCUUGGUGACAGUUGGCGAAGGAAAUUCUCUGGAUGUGUGGAAACUGUGUUAGAAA